AUGGUAAAUGGCUAUAACGGAACUAUUUACGAAGAAAAUGAAGAAAAAGAAAAAAGUGAUAAAAUAACUCACUGCUUCGUUCUUUACUGUAAGACUUGUUAUAAAGAAGAAACUUGCUCGAAUUGUAAUCGACUUACUGAAAGAGAUUUAUGCUUGGAAUGCUCCGUUCAAGCAAGAAUUAGAGAUGAAUUUAAUAAUUCUUAUGGAGAAACUCCUCCUCCAACUCAUACUUUCUAUAAUAAAUGUGAAUGUGGAAAUUCAAAACCUACUUCAAAUAUAAGAUGUGGUGAUUUAGAAAGAUGGUUCACAAAUAUAAAAAAUGAUGAACGAUACCAAACUGGAUUAACUGAAGAGGAAAAAAGGGAAGGUGAGAAAAUGGCAAAUGAACUUUUUCAAGCAAUUGAAGAAGAGAUUUAUCCGGAAAGGAAGAAAGGGAAUAGUGGCUCAGGUUGGAUAUGGUUAUUGGUAAUAGUGGGAGUGGUUGCAGUUGGAGUAAUUGAUAUAAAUGUAAGAACACUGGCAAAUACUUCAAUGUCAGAACCGGAACUAUAUUUGAAAACUCCAAGAUAUCUUUACAAAAAUGAUUUUGAGCCUUAUUUGCUUUUUCUUCUCGUAAAAAAGGCAUCUCUUCUUACCAGUAGAAGUUGUAAAGAUAAAAUUCCGAUUUGGGGAGCAGUUGGAAGGGAUAGUGGUAAUAUGAUUGCUAGGGCUGUUCCUAAUAAUCAACAAAGCACUUUGGUGUCGUUGGUUAAGGAUAAUAUCAAAAAAGGUUCUGAUGUUUACAGUGAUGAAUUACCUGCUUAUGAAAUUCUAGCUCCUUUCAAAAGAAGCAUUUAUGGAAUUUAUCACAACAUAAGUAGAAAACAUGCUCAAAGAUAUAUUGAUGAGAUUACUUUUCGUUAUAAUACUCGAAAAUAUGAAGAGAAAGAAAGGUUUGAUUUAGCACUUUUAUCAAAUAUGAAAAAUAAGAAUACAGAAAUAAUAGAAGCAAAAUACAAAGGUGAAUUAGACCUAGUAGGAUUUAAAAUAUCUUGUUAUGUUUUGGAAGAUGGAAGGAGAAUUUUAUCAAAUAGAGGCACGGCGAGGGUUUUAAAAAUGACGGAUGAAGGAGAUAAACAAGCAAGAAAAAUUGGUUAUGGUAAUGAAGCAACCUUAUUGCCAGAUAUAUGUGAUGUUUUUUUAGAAGCAAGAAGAAACAUAAACUUAUUGCCACGGCAAAAAAUCAUUGCUGACCAAUGUGAAAUAAUAAUGAGAGCAUUUUCCAAGGAAAUGUUCCCACUAGGUUAUUAUAAGGAUGUAUUUGGAGUUUAUGAUGUAUCUUUUACUCCCGAAAACAUAAGGAGAAAACCACGAUUUAUUGGUUCAUUUGUGUUAAAAGAGAUAAAAUCAAGAACUCCAAAAACCAAAGGAGGGCAUUAUAAAAAAAGGUUUCACCAAUCUUUAACUCCCCUAGGAAAAAAGGCUGUGGAAGAGAUAAUUAAUACAGUAAGAACAUUGGCUUGGGUUUCCGGAAAAGAUAGAAAUAAAUUUCGGAGAUUAGUAAAGGAAAGGCUUCAACUUGAAAGGGAAUUGCCCUAUAUAGAUGUAGAAGCCAUGGAUGAUAGUAAAAAAGAAACGGAUUUUGAUAAGGUAUUAAAAACUGCUAUAAAUACACCACCACUAAAACUGAAAGACCUCAAAGAAAAGUUGAAGAAAGCAAAUGAUAAUAAUAAAUGUUAUCGUUGUCAAGAAAUACUUUGGGGAGCCUCAGUUAAGGACAUCAAAGGCAAUGACUACUGCCUUGAUUGUUCAAAAUGUUCCCAAUGCCACUUAAAACUUACCGGCAAGUAUCAUGUUGGUCUCAAAGGAGGUUUUUGGUGUAGUGAUUGUGUCAAAAAUCAUCGCAUUAAAGAAGUAGCAACCGCCCAACAAGAAAUAAAGAAAUUAGCCCAAGAAAGAGAAGAAUUGCAAAAACAAUUAGAUGAGUUAAAUAAUCCCGCUUCUCAUUGUGAAAUUUGUUCUAAAAAAAUAAAGGGUGGUGAUACUUAUUAUGCUACUUCCCAAGAACCAGAUAAAAAAACUUGCCCUACUUGUUAUCAAGACCAAAUAGAUAAAAGGUUAGCCGAAACAAAAAGGAAGAAAAAAGAAUUAGAGAGAGAAAAUGAAGAAGUUAACGAUAUAAUGGAGCAAGCCGAACAAGCCAACUUAGCAGGAAAAGUUUUUGUUCUUUCCGAGCGAGGAAAAAAGUUAUUAGGAUCCAAGGGAGUAAAAAUUGUUGAAGAUGGUAAUAAUUUAGUGAGAAAACAACAAAAUCAAGAUAGUCAGAAUAAUUAUCCUACUUCUCACGAUAAUCAAAGAUUUAAUGAUAAUAGUAAAAAAGAUCAAGGAUUGGAAUAUUUGACCCCUCUUCUGGUCGGAGGCGGAAUAAUUAUUAUAAUAAUUUGUUUGAUUAAAAGUGGCAAAAGCAAGCAACAAGCUUUUAGUAGCAUUACACAAACUUGCUCCAAACCCGAAUGCCAAGCAUUAGAAAAAGAACAAAAAGAGACAAAAAGAAAAAACCAAGAAAAUAUUAAUGACAUUCAUGAUGAAUAUAACAAAGGUAAGAAAGAACUAGAUGACUUGGAAGAACACACUUAUCAACACAAAGGCCAAUCUCCUUAUUGUAAAAGUUGCGUCACGGAACUUAUUAUCCAAGACUUUAAUAAUAAACAGCCUCAACGAUGUGAUGAUUGUUCCAAAGACAUCUCUAAUGAAAAAGGAUAUUAUAAAGAUGAAAGUAGAACUGGUAACUUAAUAUGCCAAAGUUGUGCGAUAAAACGUAUCCAAAAUAAUACUCCUCCUUCCUCUCCACCUAAUAACACUUCUUUUUCUCAGGAAAUUAGCAAUGUUGGGUUUAAAUGUUGUGAGUCCGAAAAAAUAUUAAAAGGAGAAGAAGUUGAUAUUAGCAAGGCAGAUAUUAAUUCUAACAAGAAAAAAGAAUUAGUUCUUUUAGCUCGGCUAAAGAAUGGCGAGGAAGUAGAUUUAGAUAAAGAGGACUUAGACUCCGAAGACAAAGAAAAAGUUAAAAAAUUUCAAGAGAUGAUUAAGAAUGGCCAAAUACCGACUAACCCGAAGCCCAUUAAUGUUCCCGUUCCUAAACCAUUAGCCGGUCAUAAAUAUGCCGUAAUUUGUAAGGAUUGUAAGAAAGAAUAUAGCACUAAAAAUAAAAUCCCUAGUAGAUGUAAGGAGUGUAGUAGCAAAAGCAUUAAAGUUUAUGGGACUAGCGGACAAGAGUUAAUUAUUCCUAUUAAAAAUGAUAACAAGGAUAAUACUAAUAUUCCACCAACUCUCAUAAUACUAUUCCUAAUUUUCUCCAUAAUUAGUAGUAUAUUCUUUUGGAGAAAAGAUGAUAAAAGCAUGACCGAAUUAGUCAAACGGAUUGCUAAACACAAGAAACAAAUUGAAGAAUUAAAAAAGCAAAAAUUAUUAGAAGUUUUGCGGGAAUUUUAUAUUAAAAAGAAAAUUAACCACGCCUUGCCUAAUCCACAUAGUAAAUAUAAUAGCGUUUAUCUUACUUAUCUUCGUUGA